AUGCCGUGGAACUGUCAGGAGGAGUCAGGAGGGGUCGGGGGCAUGGAUUUCAACCCCUUAAAAGUCCAACUGCACCAUGCAAUCUUCACGCGCGAUUCUGCCCACAAUGAGCCGUUCUCCCCCCCCUACUACCCAGCCCCUAACGGCGGCUGGCUGGCGGACUGGGCCGAGGCGUACGAGAAAGCGCAUCGACUCGUGAGCAACAUGACCCUCGCCGAAAAGGUCAAUCUCACCACCGGCACGGGCAUCUAUAUGGGCCCCUGUGCCGGCCAAACAGGCAGUGUGCCCCGAUUCGGGAUCCCGAAUCUCUGUCUUCACGACUCUCCCCUAGGGGUCCGCAACACAGACCACAACACGGCCUUCCCACCCGGCAUCACCGUUGGUGCAACCUUUGACAAGGAUCUCAUGUACGCCCGCGGAGUCGGGUUAGGCGAAGAGGCGCGAGGCAAGGGAGUCAAUGUGCUUCUCGGCCCCGUCGUGGGCCCUCUCGGACGCAAGCCCCGCGGCGGCCGCAACUGGGAAGGGUUUGGGGCUGAUCCGAGUCUGCAGGCGAUUGCGGCGGCGAAUACCAUCAAGGGGAUGCAGAGUACUGGGGUUAUCGCGAGCCUGAAGCAUUUCAUCGGAAACGAGCAGGAAAUGCACCGGAUGAGCACCGUGGUGACGCAGGGGUAUUCAUCCAAUAUUGACGACCGAACCCUCCACGAACUCUACCUGUGGCCUUUUGCGGAAGGCGUCAGAGCCAGUCCGGGCUCCAACAGCAAACUUAUCAGCGGGAUUCUCAAAGACGAACUCGGCUUCCAGGGCUUCGUCGUCACCGACUGGUUUGCGCAGAUCGGCGGCGUUUCCUCUGCCUUGGCCGGGCUCGACAUGAGCAUGCCCGGCGAUGGGGGGAUUCCCCUCCUGGGCCACAGUUACUGGGGCUCUGAGCUGACCCGCUCGGUCCUGAACGGAACCGUCCCCGUGGAUCGUCUGAAUGAUAUGGUGACCCGGAUUCUAGCGGCGUGGUAUAAGAUGGGUCAAGACCAGGACUAUCCGCGGCCAAACUUUUCUGGGAACACGGAAGACGCCACGGGGCCUCUCUAUCCCGGCGCAGGAGCCCUAUUUUCGCCGUCGGGCGUGGUCAACCAGUUCGUCAACGUCCAGACCAGCAACCAUACUCGCACCGCGCGCGCGAUUGCCCGCGACGCCAUCACGCUCCUGAAGAACGAAGGAAACCUGCUCCCGUUGAGACGGAACGACUCUCUCAAGAUCUUCGGCACCGACGCAGCCGCCGACCCUGCUGGCCUGAACUCCUGCGCGGACAAGGGAUGUGACCGCGGCGUGCUCACCAUGGGAUGGGGGAGCGGCACCUCCAAGCUGCCCGAUCUCAUCCCUCCCCAAGAAGCAAUCGCCAACAUCUCCUCCACGGCCACCUUCUACCCAACCGACCGCUUUCCUGCGUCCGUGCCCGCCGACGCGCACGAGAUCGCCAUCGUGUUCCUCAACGCCGAUUCCGGGGAACAUUAUAUCAUGGUCGACGGCAACCCGGGAGACCGCACGCGAUGCGGCCUACACGCAUGGCACGAUGGCGACGACCUCGUCAAGGCCGCCGCCGCCGCAUUCUCCCAAGUCGUGGUCGUAAUCCACACCGUCGGGCCCAUCCUGGUCGAAGACUGGAUCGAUCUGGACCCCGUCAAAGCCGUCCUGAUCGCCCACCUCCCAGGCCAAGAAGCAGGCUACUCGCUCACGGACGUGCUCUUCGGCGACUACAGCCCCAGCGGCCACCUCCCAUACACCAUCGCCUACCAAGAAUCCGACUACCCGGCGAGCGUCGGCCUCCUCCUCAGCCCACCGCUGCUGCUGGUGGGCCAAAUCCAAGACCCCUACACUGAGGGCCUCUACAUCGACUACCGCCACUUCCUCAAGGAAAGCAUCACCCCGCGUUUCCCAUUCGGACACGGCCUCUCCUACACCACCUUCCAGUACACCCAGCCGACCAUCCUCUCCCACGCGGCCGCCCUCGACACCACCUACCCACGGGCACGGGCCCCGAAGGCCUCCGCCGCCGUCUACCCUCCAGACAUCCCCGCCGCGUCCGAAGCCGCGUGGCCGGCCGGGCUCGACCGCAUCUGGCGCUACCUGUACCCUUACCUCGACGACCCUGCCGCCGCUGCCGCCCACUCCUCCUCCUCCUCCUCCUCCUCCUCCUCCACCAAAUACCCCUACCCAAACGGAUACGGCACGACUCCGCAGCCGGAGCCGCGCGCCGGCGGCGCAGAGGGCGGUAACCCGGCGCUCUGGGACGUGGCGUUUUCCGUGAGCGUGACGGUGGUGAAUACGGGGUCGCGCGCGGGGCGGGCAGUGGCGCAGCUGUACGUGGAGUUGCCGGAUAGUAGUAGGAGUCUGGGGCUCGACACGCCGUCGCGGCAGCUGCGGCAGUUCGAGAAGACCGACACCCUGCAGCCGGGGGAGAGCCAGACGGUGACGCUGCAGGUGACGCGGAAGGACCCGAUCCAGUAUUAUCUUGCCAAAAUGCAGGGCUUCAGUACAUACGUCCCUCCAGACCAAGAAGGGCUGGCGACGGGGAACAAGCUCGCGGGGAAACAUGCCCUCGGGCCACGCGCGCGCCACCUCCACACCAAAGGCGCCCUGAUUGUGCGCUUUGAGAUGCCGUUCGCGCCGCACGAAACCAUCAUCGGCCAGGGGAAGAAAGUGGGGCAUUACUACUCGACGCCCGUGUACAGUUUCCGCAUGAAACAUGCGGCCUGCGGCGGGUGGAUUGAGAUUCGAACCGACCCGAAGAACACGGCGAAGAGGGAUACGGGCGAGGAGGCCGAGGGAGGAGGAGGAGGGGAGAUUACGGUGCAGGUUGGGAGGCGCGCCGGAGAAGGCGCCGUCCCCCGGGAUCCCUUUGCCCGGACGGAAGGGAAGCUGGCGGACCAGAGGGCCGGGGAUGAAGCGCGGAGGAGGAUACUGGAGCUACAGCGGAGACAGGGACGGGACUGGGAGGAUCCAUGCGCGUUCCGGACGGAGCGGAAGGCCCUGGAGAAAGCCGCGGCGAAGAAAGAGGCCCUGCAGGGUAAGAUGAGUUUGGGGAUCGAGUUGGUCGACGAAUCCGAGGAGGAUCGUCCUGGCGCUCGGGAGGGCACUCGGAGUGCGCUUCGGCGUCCGUUGUUUGAGUCAAGCAUGGGGGCGGCGUCGUCGUCGUCGUCGUCGUCGUUUUCGAAGGAAGCUGCGUCACGAACCAAAAAGGGGAAACGCAUGAAAGCCGCUGCGGAUCUGCUGGAACAGCGCAAGGCCCAGUUCUGCAGCGAGUUGUCGGGGAAUACGCGCGCCGCGGUUGAUCCGUUUCUGAACCACGAUGCCAAUUUAUGGCAGCCGGAGGUGAAGCGGAGGAAGACCCAGAGCAAGGCUGCGGAUCCCCGGGAGACUGAUCAAGUAGAGAGGGUGGACGGGCCUGACACUGCUUCACUGGCUGAAGAGACAGAGAAGAACCCGAGCACAUCGGCUCUGGUCGCAUACGGGUCAGACUCUGACUGA